CAGGGCCUACAACAAGAAGCACGACGAUCUCGUGGCGCAUUUGACGCAGGAGGGCUCGCCGCCGCGGAAGCAGCGUCCCGCGAAGCGGAGCUGAAGGCGGUGCUUGACGAGGACAGAGCACGAGGUGACCGAGCGGCUGCGCGCAGAGCAGGCGAAGAACCAGGCCUUGCAGACCACGCUGGACCAGACUCUGGCUCGCCUUAGCAGCGUGAGGGUCGAGCUGCAGCAGUGCCAGGCGGCGAUGGGCGAGCUCAUCGGGGUCCCCGCCGCCUCCAUUACGGGGCAGCAGGCAGGGCCGGGCGGGCUGCGCCUGGAGGCCGGCCCGGCGCGCGGCGAAGGUCCGCGCGCAAGUGGAGGCGGCGCGGCGAGACAGGCGGCGGCAGGAGGAGAGGAACAGGCCAGCUUGAAACGGAGCAUCGAGAAGGCGGAGGCCUUCGUUCUGCGGCUGACGUCGAACUCCCAGUACGCCGUCGACAGGAAAACGAAGAGGGAGGGGCUCAGGCUGCUGCGGAUGCCCGCGAAGCGCGCGCAGUCGCCCCAGGUGCACGGGAUGCCGAGGUCUGGUUCGGCGGCGCCGACGUUCUCGCGCCCGGGCAGCGCGCGGAGGCUCAGCGGCCCGCGGGGCUCCGCGCCCUGCUUCUCAGAGGCCGCAGGCGCCGAGCUGGGCGAGGGCCAGGACCCGUUGCUUACGGCGCAGGCCACGUGGCGCGACGGCCUCCGCGCGUGAGACCGCGCGUGCGCGGCGGAUCUGGACACCUCCUGGCGGUGGACUGCUCCCCAGAGCCGCGCGAAAAGGCGGCGAGUAGCCCGCGGCGCCCCGGCCCCGCGGCAUGGCGGCGCUCGCGCCGCCCCUCGGCAGUGAGCCGCGUGGCGGCGUGGCGCCGCCCGCGCUGCCCGCCGCGGCCGCGCACCUCUCUGCCCCCUUGUGAGCCGGCGGGCGCCGGCGACCCAGAGCCGCCCCCAAGAAGACGGCCACAGGGAACUGGAAGUCUGUGUCACCGCUUAGGCUUAGAUAUGAUUCUGCUUCCGCUGUGGCUGCUUCAAUUCGCACGUAUGUCCCAGCUGGGGUUGUCGCCUGGAUGCUGUGUGGUAGUUGUCUUGCUGAGACACCGUGGAGCAAAUCGCUGC